UGCUCCUGCUACUCUUGUCUUUAUUCAUGGAAGAACAUCCUGAAUCUCAAUGUCACUACUCAAGACAACAGCUCUUGUUUCCAAACCUUGUUUCACCACCACCCUCAAUUCUCUACAAUGUGGAAGCUUACUGCAAUCACUCUCCAAUUCCAAAUCCUUAACCCAAGCCCAGCAACUCCACGCACACGUCACCACCGACGGCAACCUCCGCCACAACACCUAUCUCGCCACCAAGCUCGCCGCAUGCUACGCUGCCUGCGGCCACAUGUCCCAUGCCCAACUCAUCUUCGACCAAAUUGUGCUAAAGAAUUCGUUUCUCUGGAACUCCAUGAUCAGGGGCUACGCCUGCAACCACUCUCCCAUUAAGUCCCUUGUUCUCUACCGUGAAAUGUUGCGUUUAGGACAGAAGCCUGACAAUUUCACCUACCCUUUUGUCCUGAAGGCCUGUGGGGACCUUCUGCUUCGCGGAAUUGGUAGAAAGGUUCACGCUUUGGUGGUGGUUGGUGGGUUCGAGGAGGAUGUUUACGUGGGGAACUCGAUACUUUCGAUGUACUUAAAGUUUGGUGACGUGGCAGCUGCGCAGGUGGUGUUUGAUAAAAUGCCUAUGAGGGACUUGACUUCUUGGAACACCAUGGUGUCGGGGUGUGUGAAGAAUGGUGAGACUCAGGGAGCUUUUGAGAUUUUUGGGGAGAUGAGGAGGGUUGGUUUUGUGGGAGAUGGGACCACCUUGCUUGCUCUUCUCUCCGCUUGCGGGGAUGUUAUGGAUUUGAAGGCGGGGAAAGAGAUUCAUGGUUUUGUUGUCAGAAAUGGUGGGAAUGGGAGAGUGGAUAAUGGGUUUUUAGUGAAUUCAAUUAUAGACAUGUACUGCAAUUGUGAGUCUAUGUCUUGUGCAAGGAACUUGUUUGAAGGGUUGAUAGUGAAGGAUGUUGUGUCGUGGAAUUCUUUGAUAUCCGGGUAUGAGAAACGUGGGGAUGCUUUUGAAGCUCUUGAGCUUUUCGGUCGGAUGGUUGAGGGAAGGGAAGUGCCAGAUGAAGUGACCGUAAUUUCAGUGCUCGGAGCUUGUAAUCAAAUAUCGGCUUUGCGGUUGGGCACGUCUGUUCAUUCAUAUGUUGUUAAGAGGGGCUAUGGAGUGAAUGUAGCUGUUGGAACUGCACUUAUUGGCAUGUAUGCUAACUGUGGGAGUUUAAUUUGUGCGUGUUGUGUGUUUGAUGAGAUGCCUGAGAAAAAUUUGGCUGUUUGGACUGUUAUGGUUUCUGGCUUUGGAAUUCAUGGGAGAGGAAGAGAGGCAGUCUCCAUUUUCUACGAAAUGUUAGGUACAAACGUAAUUCCAGAUGAGGGCAUUUUCACUGCAGUUUUAUCUGCUUGUAGUCAUUCUGGAUUAGUGGAUGAAGGUAAAGAAAUUUUCUAUAAAAUUACUAGAGACUAUAAUGUAGACCCUGGACCCACUCAUUAUUCAUGUUUAGUGGAUCUACUUGGCAGAGCAGGGUACUUAGAUGAAGCAUAUGAAGUUAUAGAGAGUAUGAAAUUAGAACCCAAUGAGGAUGUGUGGACUGCUCUUCUUUCAGCAUGCAGAUUGCAUCGGAAUGUCAAGUUAGCAGAGAUCUCGGCACAUAAGCUUUUUGAAUUGAAUCCAAAUGGAGCGAGUGGCUAUGUUUGCCUUUCCAACAUCUAUGCUGCUGAGAGACGGUGGAAAGAUGUGGAAAAUGUGAGGGCAUUGGUGAAAAAAGGAAGAUUGAAGAAAGCACCUAGUUACAGUUUUGUUGAGCUAAAUAAGAUGUUUCAUCAAUUUUUUGUUGGGGAUACUUCCCACCAGCAGUCGGAUGAUAUUUAUGUGAAAUUGAAAGACUUGAAUGAGCAGCUGAAGAAAGCUGGAUACAAACCUGACACUAAUUCAGUUCUUUUUGAUGUUGAGGAGGAAAUAAAGGAGAAAAUGCUUUGGAAUCAUAGCGAGAGGUUGGCUCUUGCUUUUGCCCUUAUUAGCACUGCUCCGGGAACCACAAUCAGGAUAACCAAGAAUCUUCGUGUGUGUGGAGAUUGCCACUCAGUAAUAAAAAUGAUCUCUAAGCUCACAAAUCGGGUGAUUAUCAUGCGAGAUAUAAAUAGGUUCCACCAUUUUAGAGAUGGUUUAUGCUCAUGUGGUGGAUAUUGGUGAGCUGAGGAAGUUUGAUGAAAUAGUAGAUGAAAUUCAAAUGAAAAUACAAAAUUUGGUCCAUGGAAAUUUGAUAGCUAGAAAAGGAAGCUACUUACGAAAGGAAAUUGCAAUACAAAAUGUGGCAUCAUCAGUCGCCAUUAGCAUUGCAGAUGAAACAGCACCGUACCCGUAAUCUGAAGUGUCUUGUUUUGCCUCAAAGCCCCAAUACCUGGAGAUUCUUUCUAACUAUAAAAGAAGCUCAAGUUUCCAGUACUUGUGUACACGAGAAAUCAACUCCCUCCUUGCUGUUGUACCGAGCAUGUCAAACUCACAUUCAACCAGACGUCAUACCUUAACAUCCCAACCGUUUUUUCUUGUGUUAAAAUAGAUGGAUAUGAUAUAUUCAUUACUAAAUCAUUUUCUGUGUGCUUCUCUAGAAGUCCUAACAACAGCCACAGCCAAGUAAGUUCUCUAAUAGUUGUCAUUCACAAGCAAAAUGCUUUUGAAGUAUAG